CCCUUCUCCCUGUAUAGCUCCCCUUUGGCCAAGUCAUUCAAAGGCACGGAAUGUCCUUACAUUGCUACGCAGACGAUACACAACUCUAUCUCCCCCUGAAGCCCAACAACCGAUCAAAUCUGCUUAACCUUAUCCACUGCCUCGAGGAUAUAAAGUGUUGGAUGGCCAAGAACUUCCUCCAUCUAAACGAGAGUAAGUCUGAGGUCAUCCUUCUCGGCCCCUCGGACUCAAUCAAAAAUAUAGCAGGAAGCAUUGGAAGCGUUACCCCAUUACUCAAACCCCACGUCAAAAACCUUGGCGUGAUAUUUGACUCAGCAUUGAAAUUUGACAAACAAGUCAAUGCCGUGGUAAAAGCUAGCUUCUUCCAGCUUCGGAAGAUAGCUAAAAUAAAACAAUUCCUCCAGUUUGAUGCCCUCGAAAAGAUCAUCCACACAUUUAUCUCCUCCCGCCUAGAUUACUGCAACUCCCUUUACAUUGGCAUCAGCCAAUCUUCCCUGUCCCGCUUGCAACUGGUCCAAAACGCCCCAGCGAGACUCCUGACGGGCACCCGAAAAAGGGACCACAUCACCCCGAUCCUGGCCUCUCUCCACUGGCUCCCUGUGCAGUUCCGAAUAAAUUUCAAGAUCCUUCUUUAUGUUUACAAAGCCCUUAACGGGCUUGCCCCCACAUACAUCAAAAGUCUGCUUACCCACCACACCACCUCCAGGUCCCUCAGAUCGGCCGACUUGGGGUUACUGAACAUCCCGCGGUCUAGGCAUAAGCUCAGGGGCGACCGAGCCUUUGCGGUUGCAGCUCCUAGACUGUGGAACAGCAUCCCUCUUCCCAUCAGAACUGCCCCCUCCAUCAACUCUUUUAAGUCGAGACUUAAAACUCAUCUUUACUCUCAAGCCUUUCUUGACAUCCUCUGAGGGAGGGCUAUAUGUAUGUAUUUAUGUAUGUACUUAAUCUAUGAACCAAUGUUGUAUAUCGUUAGUACCUCCACCAAUGUAAAGCACUUUGGUCAACGAGAGUUGUUUUUUAAAUGUGCUAUAGAAAUAAAAAUGACUUGA